AUGAUCUCUUCUGUUGCUUUGAAAGCUUUACGAGGGCUAGCUACACCACGCGAAAAGACCGGAUACUGCGCCACCGGAUUAUUCUCGUCCCUCAACAAGGCGUUCGCUCCGUCACUUAAUUCUGAGCUGAAUGAUGCACGGUCAAUGGUUACACAACGGCGGUGUAAGCAUUCUUCUACGCAGCUGAAGCGAAAGUUCUUUCAAAAUCCGGCUCGAGCCCGUGUUGAAGCUCGUAGGGGUGUGGACCGGACGCCGGAGCCUGUGGGUCCGCGAAUGUACGAGGCCGUUUUCGCCUUUACAAUGCUCCCUAAUGGUUGGUCAGCACCACCUGGUCCCGAUGUACAGCUUCCAGAAUAUCCAUUUCAGAUGAAGCGUACCAAAAAUAAGCCGAGCAAUGCGAUCGGAUUCUUACCUGUUUAUUCCAAAUUUCGCAAGGACGGUACAAAGACCACUACACUUAUUAAAAAAGUCAAAGGUGACCGGGAAGCCUUCAUAAGAGAAUUGCGGGCUGUCUUGGACUUACCGGUCCCGGUACUUGCGCGCGAAGAUGCUCUUCGUAUUCGAGUAGGUGGUACAAUUGAAGUGGAUGGCAAUCAUCAAACUGGGACUCCUUGCAACAACGUUCUGUUGCUGCUACCCCAUCACGGUACCGGAUUACAAGAAUCCGAGAGAUUCGUGUGGACCUCACAUUCUACAUCCAAAAAGCGCUUACUGUUAGAGAUGGCUCCUACGCUCGCUGAAAUUAAGACCCUGGUUGCAUCAGGUCCGAAAUCCACUUCGCUGCCGCAACUCGAGGCGUACUUGGAUGCGCAAACAUCGGGGUCGGUUCCGUAUGAAGCCGAUGCCGUACGCUAUCUGGUGAAGACCUAUCAACUUUUCCCGGGGACCAUGAAUGAAAGUAAGGUUGCGUACGCGUGCAUGUUGGCUUUACUCGAGGGCUAUCCUAGUACGGACAUUUUGGCUUUGUCGUAUAUGAUUCCAAUAGCGGUACAGAAGACCGAACCCUGUGCCACGGUUCUGGAAUGUGCUUCGCAGUUGGAAGCGUGUCAGUUUGUAGCAUUUUGGAAAACGUAUGAGAAAUUGAAGUCGUCCGAAGAUCCGGUAAUUGCGGUCUUCGCGAAAAAUUCGAUUGUGAAACUGCAGGGGGCCAUUUUGGACGUUCUAGCGUUGUCCUACAAGGAUGCACCUACGCAAGUUGUCCUUUCCGCAUUGAAUGCUUCGUCACCGGCUCUUGUGACAGCCUUGGAGCAUUCUUCUGUAGAAUAUGUCAAUGAUUCGACUGUGUCCUUCCAAGCGACAGUCGACAACACGAAAAGACAGCGUGUGUAUCAAGAAGGCGUUACGUACGCAGCCAUUACUUCCCUGAUGAACCAGAUCGCGUAG